GACCGGAUUUACACACCAGCCUUUAUCCAUCUGAAGGGAAUCAUCUCUAAAGCUCUUCUAAAUCACUGCUUCGACUUCCAGUCCGGUGCGCACCGCUGAAUCAUGCAGCACACAUUCAGAGCCAUCACACACUCUCCAGGGACACUCAUCUGGAGAAUCGAGAAAAUGGAUCUUGUUUUGGUCCCGGAAAAAUUUCAUGGACAGUUUUAUGAAAGUGACUGCUAUUUAUUGCUCUCAACACGCAAAGGUGGCAAAUCUGCAUACUAUGACAUUCAUUACUGGAUAGGAUCCAUGUCUACACUGGCUGAACAGGGAGCUGCUGCUGUCUAUGCCAUGCAGCUGGAUGAGUUCCUGGGCUCCUCACCUGUUCAGCAUCGGGAGGUGCAGCACCACGAAUCCAGCAUCUUCUGCGGAUAUUUCAAACAGGGCAUAAUUUAUAAGUCCGGAGGGGUGUCAUCGGGAAUGAACCACGUGGAGACAAACACUUAUAACAUUCAAAGACUGCUGCACGUGAAAGGAAAAAGGAAAGUGACUGGCACAGAGGUGGAAAUGAGCUGGAACAGCUUUGACACUGGGAGUGUCUUUCUGCUGGAUCUCGGCAAGACCAUUAUCCAGUGGAAUGGCCCUGAAAGCAACAAACAAGAACGUCUGAAGGGCAUGAUGCUGGCCAAGGACAUCAGGGAUCGUGAGAGAGGGGGUCGGCCAGAAAUCGGCGUGAUUGAGGGGGAUGCAGAGGCAAACUCCCCUUCGUUAAUGGAGUUGAUGGUGAGCCUUUUGGGUGAACGGCCCUCUAAGCUGCCCAGUGGGACGCCUGAUGAAAUAACUGACCUGGAGCAAAUGUCUAAGCUCAUCCUCUAUCAUGUGUCAGACGCUAAUGGAGCUAUGAACAUCACAGAGAUUGCAACCAGUCCACUCACACAGGACAUGCUGAAUCACGAUGACUGCUACAUUUUGGACCAGGGGGGAAUGUCAAUAUUUGUGUGGAAGGGAAAGACAGCCAACAAAGCAGAGAGACAAGCAGCAAUGACCAGGGCUCUGGAGUUCAUUAAACUGAAGGGUUACCCACUCACUACUAAAGUGGAGGCUAUCAGUGAUGGAGGGGAAUCGGCUCUCUUCAAACAACUCUUCAAGAGCUGGACUGUCAAAGAGCAGACGGCAGGUCUGGGCCGGACACACACUGUAGGGAGAGUGGCUGAUGUCCCUCAAGAGAAGUUUGAUGCCAGUAGGAUGCAUGUGAUGCCCGAUGUUGCGGCACAGGAGCGUUUGGUGGAUGAUGGCAGUGGACAAAAGCAGGUGUGGCGCAUUGAGAAUUUGGAGAUGGUGGAGGUGGAUCCUGAAAUGCAUGGGUACUUCUAUGGAGGCGAUUGCUAUCUGGUUCUGUACAGCUAUGACGUUAAUGGCAGGAACAACUACAUCCUUUACAUGUGGAAGGGACGUCAUGCGUCUCAGGACGAGGUGACGGCCUGUGCCUAUCAGGCUGUGACUCUGGACCAGCAGCAUGGAGGUCAGCCUGUUCAAGUGAUAGUCUCCAUGGGAAAGGAACCACGGCACUUCAUGGCCAUCUUCAGGGGCAAGACGGUUAUCUUCGAGGGAGGCACGUCCAGAAAGAGCGCCCAGGAGCCAGAGCCGCCCGUCCGCCUGUUUCAGAUCUGUGGCUCUCACCCAACCAAUUCAAAAGCUAUAGAGGUGCCAGCUCUGGUGGCUUCGCUCAACUCAAAUGAUGUCUUCCUCUUGAAAAGCCAGAACGGCAUCUACCUGUGGUAUGGCAAAGGGUCCAGUGGUGAUGAAAGGGCCAUGGCAAAGGAGGUGGCCUCCUUUAUUGGUCGAGGCUCAUCAGAGGAGAUCAUGGCUGAGGGACAGGAGCCAAAUGAGUUCUGGGAAAUCUUAGGUGGAAAAGGACCAUAUGCAAGUGACAGAAGAUUACAACAGGUUACUCUAGAUCAUCAACCACGUCUUUUUGAGUGCUCCAAUAAGACCGGCAAGUUUAUUGCCACUGAGGUAACCCAGUUCACACAGGAUGAUCUGAGAGAGGACGACGUCAUGCUUUUGGACACGUGGGAUCAGGUGUUUCUCUGGAUAGGAAAUGAAGCCAAUGAUGUGGAGCGUAAGGAAUCUGUGACAACUUGCCAGGAAUACCUGCGGACUCAUCCUGGAUCCCGGGACCCUGACACACCUAUAAUAAUGGUGAAGCAGGGCUUUGAGCCUCCUACCUUCACUGGGUGGUUCACGGCCUGGGACCCGACAAAAUGGAGUGGUGGCAAAACCUACGAACAGCUGAAGGAGGAGUUAGGAGAGAUUACAUUGCCCACUAAAGUUGAAUCUGAAUCCACUGAUGUGGAGAGUAAAACCAUCUCACAAUAUCCACCAGAAAUGCUGAUUAACAACCUGUCUGGAGAGCUGCCUGAGAACGUGGACCCCGCACACAAAGAGAGAUAUCUCUCUGAGCAAGAUUUCCAGGCCAUAUUUGGAUUCUCCAGAGAAGAGUUUCACAGUUUGCCUCAAUGGAAACAGAAGACCAUUAAGAAGGAAAAGGGAUUGUUUUGAAAACGAUGUAUGUUUCAUAAUGCUGGUGGUGGGAGGAGGGAUUAGAGACACAUCUAGAUUUCCUAUUUCAAAUUUAAAGAGAAAUGUUCAUUUAAAUCUUUUGUCAUGACUGAUUGUGUAAUAGUUCAUA